GACUGCACGUACCCAACUGCCCAAAACGACAAAACUUUAUUCCAGAAUCUCCCUGUGUUUUCAUCAGAAACACCAGCGAUUGUUUCUGUGGAUUUCUGGUUAGGUCCAAGGCUAAUGUUCUAGGGCAAAAUCAGUUCACAAAUGGAGGAUCAAUUGGUUCAAGUGAUGAUCGCGGUGCUAAUCUCAUCCCUAAUCGCCCUUAGAGCUUACAGGAAAAACUCUCUCGAUGUUUCAGGCGCAUUCGCCGGUUUCUUUGUCAUGGCUGUUCAUCUCUCCGUCAAUUACAGAUUUGGAGCGAUGUUGUUGGCUUUCUUCUUUACAUCUUCGAAGCUUACUAAAAUGGGGGAGGAUAGAAAGCGGACUCUGGAUGCUGAUUUCAAGGAAGGAGGUCAACGAAAUUGGAUACAAGUUCUAUCCAAUGGUGGAAUUGCUUCAGUUUUGGUUAUAGCAUUUUGGGGGUUGACAACAUCACAGGAUACCUGUCUGGACUCAAAACAAUCAAAAAUUAUAACAGCUCUUGUUGGUGGCCUGAUUGGUCAUUACUCAUGCUGCAAUGGAGACACUUGGUCCUCUGAGCUUGGAGUACUCAGUGAUGAACAGCCUCGGUUGAUUACUACAUUUAGGCCUGUUCGUAGGGGUACAAAUGGUGGAAUAACAAAAGCCGGACUUGUAGCAGCUGCAGCAGCAGGAAGUGUGAUUGGAUUAGCAUUUAUUUUACCAGGAUUUUUCACAAAAAGUUGCACCAAUGAUGCCUUCUUGAAGCAGCUAUUUGUCAUACCUCUUUCUGCCAUAGCAGGACUUGCAGGAAGCUUAAUCGAUUCCAUUUUAGGAGCAACUCUGCAAUUUAGUGGUUUCUGCAGUGUUCGUAACAAGGUUGUAUCGAAACCGGGACCCACAGUGAAGAGGAUCUCGGGGCUCAGUAUACUUGACAACAAUGGUGUGAAUCUCGUAUCGGUAUUUUUAACUUCAGUGCUUACCUCUUUCAUCUGCUUAUACAUCUUCUGAAUGUACAAUUUUACCCUUUUAAUCUGCUAAAUAUUUAUAUAAUGCCAUUAUUCAUGUUUAAU